GACUGUAGUUCUUUCUAAGGUCUACAAUUUAAAACGGCUUUCCAUACAGUGCGUCUUCCACCCCGAGAAGAUGUUGAGUUUUUGUUCGCGUGGAAACACAUUUUAGAUAGAGCUCUGCUCCUGUGAAUGAAAGACCCUCCCUUGUUGCUGCGACGCCUGGUUCUUCAGACCGUCAUUACGAACGAUCCGCUUGAAUGGGACCUCGGACUAUUCAAAGCAACAUCGAUUGUGCAUACCUUUUUAAAGGCCACUGGAAUUGCUGCUGGUUCGUCUGUUCGUCCUCAAAGAAAACGGACGUGUAGCGGGGUUUUUGUUUUCCAGGGGAAGCUGUAACACAAUAGGGACGCUGGAGUUAUGAAGGCUCGACGGAUGACUGGCGCUGUCCGUUCAGCACCACCCUGCGCCCAAUGACACCAUAAUAAAACCCUCCCUGACGCCCUCAAACCCGAGUCGGGGGGGAUAUUGGGAUAUUGGAGGGUAAACGCGUUCGCAUCUUAGAAGUCAUUCAAGGGUUUUGGAAUUCUAUUGUUGGCAUUGACACUUUGAGGCGCACCUGGCACGAUCGUAAACACAUUUGAAUUUUCUGAACAUGGGUCCCAGCGCUAUGAUGACGGUCCACGGGUUGGAGAUAUGACUAGAGGGGAACGCGAUGGGCCAAGGGGACGACAAGGAUCGCAUCGUGAUCAACGUCGGAGGAAUCAAGCACCAGACCUACCGCAGCACCCUGCGCACCCUGCCCGGCACUCGACUCUCCUGGCUGGCGGAGCCCGACGCGCUUAAUAACUUCGAUUAUGAUGCGAACAUCGGGGAGUUUUUCUUCGACCGUCACCCCGGCGUUUUCUCCCACAUUCUUAACUAUUAUCGCACGGGCAAGCUGCAUUGCCCGGCGGACGUGUGCGGACCUUUGUAUGAGGAGGAGCUGGCGUUUUGGGGGAUCGACGAGACAGACGUGGAACCGUGUUGCUGGAUGACCUACCGGCAGCAUCGAGAGGCGGAGGAGGCUUUGGACAGCUUCGCCGGGGUUGCUCUGGAUCUCGGGCAUGAAGACCCGGAGCCUGAAGGGGUUGCUGAAGCGGCCGAGGGGGAUGAGGGCGUUGAGAUGACCCGGAGACUGGCGCAAGGCGACUCGCCCGAUAACAGGUCCGGGCGCUGGAGCAGGUGGCAGAAAAAGACGUGGGCGCUCUUUGAGGACCCGUAUUCCUCAAAAUACGCACGGUGGGUAGCAUUUGCAUCUUUGUUCUUUAUUUUGGUGUCCAUUACCACAUUCUGUUUGGAGACUCAUGAGGCCUUCAAUCCCAUCAUCAACCACACAGAGACUUACAUGGUGGGCAAUGAAACGAUGGAGCGUGUCUUUCCUGUGACGGAGACUAUGGUGCAGUUAACCUACGUUGAGGGUGUCUGUGUUGUGUGGUUCACUUUUGAGUUUCUAAUCCGAGUGACUACCUGUCCAAACAAAUUAAAAUUUGUCAGAAAUGCCCUCAACAUCAUCGAUUUUGUGGCCAUCCUCCCCUUCUACCUGGAGGUAGGGCUGAGCGGACUCCCCUUCAAAGCAGCAAAAGAUGUGCUGGGUUUCCUCCGUGUGGUACGAUUCGUUCGAAUUCUCCGUAUAUUCAAGCUGACGCGACACUUUGUGGGUUUGCGAGUACUAGGGCACACACUCCGUGCCAGUACCAAUGAAUUUAUCCUCCUCAUUAUUUUCCUUGCACUCGGAGUCUUAAUCUUUGCCACUAUGAUCUACUAUGCUGAACGUUUUGGAAGAAACCUCAAUGAUCCUAAUGCCAGUAAUGGCACACACUUCAAGAACAUCCCGAUUGGCUUCUGGUGGGCUGUGGUAACAAUGACAACUCUUGGCUAUGGCGAUAUGUAUCCUCAGACGACAUCCGGCAUGAUGGUGGGUGCACUGUGUGCCCUGGCAGGUGUGCUGACGAUUGCCAUGCCUGUACCUGUAAUUGUGAACAACUUCGGCAUGUACUACUCCCUAGCCAUGGCGAAACAAAAACUACCAAAGAAAAAAAAUAAACAUAUCCCACGAGCACCUCAACUGGGGUCUCCCAACUACUGCAAGUCAGCGAUUAACUCCCCACGACCCAGCACACACAGUGACACAUGCCCCCUGGCGCAGGAAGAGGUCUCUGAGAUCAGAUACCAAGAUUUUAAAGUGAACGGGGAGCCGUCCAAAGCUGCCCUGGCCAAUGAGGACUGUCCUCACAUCGACCAGGCAGUGUCGCCCGAGGAAGUCUUCAGCCCCGUGGACCGUGAGAGACCCUGCUUCCUGCUCACCUCCGGAGGAGAACGAGCCAGUCACACAGGGGGGAGAGUCAGGAAGGAUUCACAAUGGCGGGUGGUCCUGGUGAACUUCACAAGAGAUGCAGCAUGGGAUAUGGGGCAUGUGAUCACAUGACAAGAACUCAGCCAGUCAGAAGCUCUCAGUUGAACAUUAACAGCAAACAGGUGCCAUUAGCCAUGAUACCCUACUGAAAAGACCAGUUUCCUAGCAUGAAUUCCCAUGCUUAUCCAGACUUGUUAUGUGCUGGUCCAACUGUUGGGGCCAGAAUGGUGAUGCUGGAUGACAAAAGAAGACUUGCUGGAAGAGCUAGUUAAGUAGUUUUCUCUGGACACUGCUACGAUUAUGCAUAACACAACCAAUUAUGCAGGUCACUUCAAUAGGGUGGUCAAGAUAAGACUAUGCCAGGGAAUCAAAGUCUUUCCUUAACUCUUGCAAUAAAGAUAACACCUUGAAGACAAGAAAGUGUUAGUCUAAGCAUUACGUAAAAGUUAAAUACUUCUGUUGCUUGUUAGUCCUGUAGUUAGCCUUAUAUUUAACAGAAGAAGCAUCAUCUGGUAGUUAAGGAGCUGCACUACCAAAGAACUGGGUGUACAUAUACGAUUAUUUCUUUUUGGGCUGAUGUGUCUGGCUGAGUUCUUUGAUGUCUAUCUGAAUCUGUGUUGUGCUGGUCAGCACUGUGAAACCACCCCAUGCAUGCAGUAGACAGUUUGAAGUAUAGAACGCAUGGAGGAUGAUGCAGUUGACUUGGCAAUCAGUCACUGUCAACUGGCUAACAAUGCACAUAACAAGUACAUGUCAAGGCAACACUAACCAAAUCUAAUCUGUGCAUACUAUACACACCACAUACAGUACACACACCUCAGCUAUCUGUCCAUGAACCUACUUUGAGAAGGAUAUUUAUUCACAAGCAAACCUUGGCAGAGAGUCUUUGUCUAGAGUUGAAGACUGCUCUGAGGUUUUACUGAAAGCCCUUUUUCUCUUCAAAUGAAGGUUAUGAAAAGCCAUGGAGCCAUAGCCGCAUGUCUGGAGGCGUGGCCUCAGUGUCGGCCCUGCCCUGCAGCCCGCCCUGUCUCAUGCAGCAGGUCCACUCUCCCAUCCCAUCCAUCCUGUAGCAUGGACAACAAAACUAACCAAUCAGAGGCCCUCGCUCCGCAGUGCUGCGCAGAGACGCCUGCUCACACCGUGUCACUGUGUACCAUCCAUCUCUCAUUAAACUCUUUUUCAUUUGAAAACUUCUUCUUGUUCCUCUUGCUUUCUCUCUUCUUCCCCUUCUCCUUCUUAGUUCCUUUCUAAUCCUCUGUCCUUCUCACUUUUCCUUCCUCUUCUUCUUUAUUUUCUACUUCGUAUAUUAUCAUCUCUUUUUCUGCAUCUUCCUCUUGUUCUUUCCUUCUCCCUCCUCUUCUUCUCACUUCCACAUUCUCUGCCCUUCUCUAAAAUCUCCAAAGUUUCAUCUUCAAUUUAUCCUUCUUAAUCCUCUUCCUUGUUCUUUUUUUGCCUCUUUUCCUAUCUUCUACUUCAAAUUCCUCUGCUACUUCACUUGUCCUUCCUCAUCUCUUUCUUCUCUCCUUCUCAUUCCUCGUUUCAUUUCCCAUGUCCUUUUCUGCUCCUUCUUAUUAUCUUUUACUUCCUCGUUAUCUGUCUUUCUCCUUCCUCUUCCUUCUCUCUUUACCUUCAUCUUCCUCUUUUCAUUAGCUCUUUCCUCUUCCCUCUUCUUUCAUCAUUUUUCCUUGCUAUUUCCACUCUUUGCAUUCUUCUUCCUCCUCCCUUCCGCUUCCUCUUCAUGUGACCUUCUUCCUCUCUUCUCUUCCUUCCCUUUUUUCUCCUCAUCUAUUCUUGUCCUCUUCCAUUUCUCUUCUUUCUUUUCUCCACAGUCUCUCAUCUCCCUAUGGUCUCAUCUGACCCCCCCCCCACCUUCUAUGCUGUCUCAUUUCUUUUCUUACUUUCGAUUUUCUGCACUGUUCAUUCUUCUCCUUCUCUCACCUUCAUAACUCCUUUUUUCCCCAAACCCUGAGUGUUUUAAGGUGUGGUUUUCAUUAGGUGCUAUUGGACACCAUUGAAAGGGGGGAAAAAAGAUGAGACAAUGGCUAUUUCAUAUAUGAUAUAAGAUAAGUUAGUUUGAAGUGACACUAAACAAUCAUGAUUCAAGUGAUGCACAUGUCACCAACAUUGAAACUUGACUGAAGAAACUUCAUUUGCAUUUGCAUGCCUUGCAUGGGAAACUAUCUGAGAACACAAUGUAAGUUUAUUGAAACUGUGUAACAAAAAUAGUUUUUUUCAUCCAAAGCUUCUUUAAAUAUAUCUGAUGCAGAGUAUGAUAUCAUUUACAAUGACAUACAAUAUAUGUAGCAAUUUUUAUUUUUGCAGACAUUUUUUGCCUUUCCCCAAACUAUAAUCUCUGGUGUUUUUUUAAACACCUGGUAUCUAUUAGUAGCAGCAACUGAGUCGAACAUUCGACUUUUUUGACGAACAAAUUAAGAUGCAAAUAGUGAAAAAAAGCAUUUUAACUUUUUUCUUGAAACAGAGCAGGCAUAUUUAAAUAGCAGAAUUUCAAUUAAAAAAUAAAAAAAAGGUUUUAUUUUCACAAAGAAAAACAAACAUAUUUUUCAUAAAUUCUGUUUCAAAUGUGAUUUAUCUGGAAUUCAUACAUGUGUAUAUCACAUUUUCAAACGUGUAGCACUGUAGCAAAUCACAAAAAAAAUAUACAAUAUAGAUGUAUCGUGCAGUUGACAAAAAUAAAACGUCUUUAAAAAAAGAAAAUAAUCAAGUGUACUUUUGGGAUUAUUUGGGGAGAGGUAAAUGCAUGCACUUUUAUGCAAAAAUACAUAUGCGAAUGACAAAACUGUAAAUAUGAAUCUUGCAUGAAAUAAAUUUUGUAUCCAAUCUGUA